ACUACUGCUGCGUUGGCUGUUUGUUUUCUCGCAACCUUCGAACACCAACCACACGAGGCCGACCAUCACGCACUAGACAACGAUGGUGAGAGUAGGCCACUUCUGCGUGGUGGCUGCGGCCGCGGCUGACGUGUGCACGGCGUUCGUCGCCCCCGUCGGACAGGCGGCGGCGGGAGGACUGGUCGCAUCUUCUUCCCAGCAACAACACGCACGAGUGUUGGUCUCGGCAAGGAGUCAGUCCUCCGACACGUUCCACCACCACCGCGCCGGCGGCCGCCGCAGGCAACGGCUUGCCCUACAGAUGCAGUCGGACGGGCCCAGCCAGUGGGCGGGCGGGGGCAUCAACGUAUCCGGCGAGGCGCCCUUCGAGAUCCGGGGAUUCUCGCUGGCAAACGCCGCUGCGCUCGCCGGUCUUGCCAUCACGUGCGCCUCGUUUUACGAGUACUUUUCCACGGGCGGUGCGGGCGGCCUUUCCGGCAUCGGGUUCGUCUACGGUAUCCCCAUCGCGCUCAUCGGGCUCGCACUGAAGUACGCCGAACUCCCCCCCGCGCCACUUCAAACGACACCCGAGGCAGAGGCUUUGUUCGAGGAGAAGGCAACUGAGACGAUCAGAUCUAUCAAGAGCGACGUGACCCGCCACCGGUACGGAGACGAGGCGCACUUGGACACGACCGUCAAGUUCCUUGGUCUCGUGAUGCCGCAGUCCGACUACCCGCAGCUCCAGUACAUCUCUCAGACGAUUGAACCAAACGGCGAGCUGGGAUUCACCAUGGUGUUUCAGUCUAAGAUGACGCCGUUCAAGAGGUGGGUGGAGCCGGAGCGCGUCGAGAAGUACGUGGCGUUCUUCGGGCCUGGGGUGGAUGCGGAGGUGAUCAAGGUGGACGCUCAGGAGAAGUUGGUUGCCAUCAAGCUCACCACGCUGCCCCCAGGCGCGCAGCCAACCCCGAAGGUCACGGCACCCCCUGCGGAAGAAACGGUAGCGGAGUAGACUGCAACGCGUGCGAUAAGGUGGAGCAAUCGUUUCUCCCAAGUCUCGUUCAAGCGCGAUGCGUAGGUGUUGGGGCCGGGCUGGGUUGGCCCCGACGGGGGGGGAGCUGUCAGGCCUGUUGUUAGUCCGCCAGGUCGGAUUCAGCGGGUUGGACUAUGUGGCCGGGCUUGCGCCGAUUGCACGACGUGGCGUUGAUGUCACAGCGGGCGGCUAGAUACAGAGAAGCACGGGGCCUGGUCGGGCAGAGAAAAUGACAAGCUUCGCCCCGCUCGGCAAGGGUUGUUGGGAGAAUGGAAACAUGGGGAUGAUUAGUACGAGCACGGCAUAGAUAUGUCGUGUUCCCGAUGCGAUCCGUAGCUAUGCUCGCCUCAUGAGUGUCGAUGUUUGUUGGGUUGAGCGCGUCGAGCUUUGGACGGACACGAUUCAGCAGGCAGCACCCUUCGGCUACUGCUGUGAUCGAUCAAACUCGACUGCUGUUGCUGUGGCGAAAUAGACGAUGGCACUACACCGGCUCUUUCGCCGCAAAUGCAAUCAAUAGACUGGACGAUGCCUGUUGGUUUGUUGUUCAAUGGGGAAACUGUAUUGGGGUGUAAACGUUAGAAUCGCCCACACGCUCGAUUGUGUCAAGCGGAUGUACGGAGUGUUGCACUCUGUUGCGGGAACGGAGGUUGUCCCGUAUCUUAAGCUGGAAUCGGCCCUGUGUGAGUUGAAAAUAAAUAGGUCACUGCUGUCAGGAUGGCAGCACAGGUC